AUGAAAACAUGCACCUUUUGUUGCAUGUCACUAGCAAUCAUUGUUUUGAUGACAAACACCAUCAACAUGACAGUGAGUAAGAAACACAUUCCGACCACCCUUGAUGGCCCGUUUGAACCGGCGACUCGUCGGUUCGAUUCAUCGCUGCGAAGAGGCAGCGAUGAUCUGCCUAUGACUCAUCCAAGGCUGAGAAUGAAUGUCAGCUUGAAUUUUCCUGAACAAAUUGCUCUUGCUGUUUCUUCACCAACUUCUAUGUGGAUUUCUUGGGUUACUGGGAAUGCACAGAUUGGUCUGAAUGUGACCCCACUUGAUCCUGCAUCUGUUAGAAGUGAGGUGUGGUAUGGGAAAAAGAGUGGAAAAUACACAAGUGUAGGUAAAGGUGAUUCACUUGUUUACUCUCAGUUGUAUCCAUUUGAAGGACUCUUGAAUUACACUUCUGGGAUUAUUCACCAUGUCAAACUUGAAGGUCUUGAACCUGGAACCAGAUAUUACUAUAAAUGUGGGGAUAGUUCCAUUCAAGCCAUGAGCCAAGAGAGUUCUUUUGCGACUUUUCAAACACCUAGUCCAAAGAAUUAUCCUACUAGAAUAGCACUUAUUGGAGAUUUGGGCCUUACGAGCAAUUCUUCGACAACUAUUGAUCAUCUAACUUACAAUGAUCCUUCGAUGAUUCUAAUGAUCGGAGAUUUAACAUAUGCAAACCAGUAUCGUACAACUGGUGGAAAGGGAGCUUCGUGUUUUUCAUGUGCGUUUCCUGACGCGCCUAUCAGAGAGAGUUAUCAACCUCGAUGGGAUGGAUGGGGAAGGUUUAUGGAGCCUUUGACCUCAAAAAUUCCAAUGAUGGUUAUUGAAGGGAAUCAUGAGAUUGAACCUCAAGCGGACGGAAUCACAUUCAAAUCAUACUUAUCAAGAUUUGCAGUUCCUUCCGAAGAAAGUGGUUCUAAAAGUAACUUCUACUACUCUUUUGACGCCGAAGGCAUACACUUUAUCAUGUUAGGAGCAUAUGUUGAUUACAAUAGCACCGGUGCACAAUUUUCUUGGCUGAAACAAGAUCUGCAGAGCGUAAACCGCAGCGUAACCCCUUGGUUAGUCGCUACAAUGCAUCCUCCUUGGUAUAACAGCUAUGCUUCACACUAUCAAGAGUUUGAGUGCAUGAGAUUAGAAAUGGAAGCACUUUUCUAUCAAUACAAAGUUGACAUUGUUUUCAAUGGACAUGUCCAUGCUUAUGAGAGGAUGAAUAGAGUUUAUAACUACACAUUGGAUCCCUGUGGACCUAUUUACAUAACUGUUGGAGAUGGCGGAAAUAUCGAGAAAGUAGAUGUUGAUCAUGCAGAUGAACCUGGAAAGUGUCCUUCGGCCGGAGAUAACACACCGGAAUUCGGAGGUGUUUGUCAUUCAAAUUUUUCCUUUGGUCCUGCCAAAGGAAACUUCUGUUGGAACAAACAACCUGAAUGGAGCGCGUUUAGAGAAAGUAGUUUCGGACACGGAAUACUUGAGGUUGUGAAUUCUACAUAUGCGUUAUGGACUUGGCAUCGAAAUCAAGAUAGUUACAAAGAAAACGCAGUUGGCGACCAAAUAUACAUAGUGCGGCAACCGGAAUUGUGCCUCAAAGAUUCGAAAGUAUUAGAGUUACAAAACUCACAACAAUCACUACACACUAUUCAUCUUCUUUCUCUGCUGCUCCCAUUCAUUUCUCUCAUGUAA